AUGAGCCGGUCCGCCCGGAGACGGGCUUCCAAGCGCAAGGCCUCGGUUAGCGCUGAGGUCGAGCGUGGUGCCCCUACCUCGAAGGGCCCGAAGUCCAGCGGGAAGGGCAAUCCCCGCAAGGGCAAGGGCAAAGGUCACCGGAGGGAUGACUCUGUAGAUAGCUGGAGCCGCGACCCGCCUAAGGGCCGUGGCAAAGGCAAGGGUAAGCCCAGCGGCCGGCCACCUGCCACGGUCGGCGGGCUGUUGAACCAGCAGAUUUCGGAGCCAGUGCGGGACCCGAUGACUGAAGACACCUUGGACCAGGCGUUGCCGGUUUCUCAGGUGCAAGUCACGGAGCGUAGUCGGUCGUUGUGCACGUUUCUAGACUACGUAGACCUUGUGCAGUACUUGGUCGUUCCAUCGCUGGUCCAGGACCACCUGUUCGCGCGUCGCAUGUUGCACGCGUGCACAGCGUCGUCUAAGUACCACGUGAUGCAGGUACCACCAAUCCUGUACUUCACGCUUGGUGCGAGCAGUCGGAGGCUUCGCCGCAUGAUGUUGUAUUAUCGCGAGCAGGCCCCGUUGCCAGUGCCCCUCUCGGAUAGUGAUCGCGCCGCCGGUCUGGACGGGACGUCGGUUACACCGCUAGGACCUCUGGUUACUGAGUUUCGUAAGCUUGUGAGCCAGAUGGUUGACGUGCAGGGGACAGAAUUCAUGAGGAUGUACGACGGGUGCCUCGUGGCUCAGGGAAAGCAGUUUGCUCCCGUGUCCGAGCGCAUCUGCGGACUCCAAGCGGAUGCCAAGCCCGCGACAGCGUUCUCGCCGGGCAAUGAUGUGAGGGGGAAGCUUCUGUUAGAACACCCCUCCUUCACUGAUGGCCUGCUCCACGAGUGGUCGUUGUUAGAGCUGCGCCUGAUGUGCAUCUGCGCUAUCAGGGCCGUACCCUGGAUGGUGGCCGCGAAGUUUUGCUCGCGUGCCGCUAAUGUGCCCUGGAAUGGGUCCACUUUCUUCAGGUAUGGGCCAUUUCGAGAAAUUUACGAGGCCUCGGUGACUGGCUUGACCGCUAGUCAUGCGCGAACGACGAGAGAGAUGGAUGCCAAAGUUGGCUCAUGGAACUCCAUCUUCGCGAAGAGCAGAGCCGACCCAGCACAGCUCUGGGGAGGCGUGGCCUCGGACGCUUGGCUGAGCACCUUCGUCUCCAAGAUGAGGGGCGAUCGUGAGGUGUCGGCCAUUAGUGUAUUCCCCAUGAGCACGGCACGGUCAUCGCUUGACCCGUCUGUGCUCGUGAGGUUUCGCUUCAAUCACGCACUGGUUGGCCAGCUUUCGGACGCAGGCCAAGGAGUUCCGCUGAUAGCGUGCUCUGAUCGUUCAGUGCCCGUGGAGUUAGUUGCGGCAAGCUUGCAGCAGGGUUGCAACAUCCCCGUGUCAGACCUUUCUUGCGUUGGCCCGACGCUCAUUCGUCUUCGCGCGUUUCGAGACUCGUGGCCCGCUAGCGAUUUUGACACGCUUUUCUUCGAAGCUGAUGUCACUCGCAAGUGGCGGCGUGGUGUUACUAGGCACCGCGAGUUUGAGUCGUUCGCGGAGGGCCUGCUGGCCCAGGCGCUGUCCGGGGUGGCGCGUGCGCAGGGGGCGGUGCUGACCCGCGGGACUCCGGCCGUCCGUCAGUUGGCGGCGCAGUGCCGCGUGUCGGUGGGUCCUCUCACGGCCGCGCUGCGCAGCGUCGUUUGCGUCUCGGAGGAAGGUGGUUGGGGGUCCGCGCUGGCGGUCGGGCUCAACGGACUCUUGACCGCGGCGCACGUCGCCCCGGACGCGUGCGACGCGGUCGCCAGGCACCUCGGCGCUGACGGAUGGGCGACGUUUGAAGUCGGGGCCGGUCCGGAGGUCACCGUGGGCGCGGGGCAGUCGGCCGUGAAGGUGCGCGUUGCGCAGGCCGCCGUGUAUCCGGGCGCCGACGAGGAAGAUCCGCCCCUGUGGUUGGAGACCGACCGGCCGUUCGCGUCGCGCGCGUUCGCCGACGAGGAGACCGUCAAGGAGUGGCUGGGCGGAAAGAAGACACUGCAGGACGACGGUGCACUGCUCGGCAGGGAGCAGAAUGACGCCGGUCAGUUUGAGACGCGCGUCAAUGUGAUCGGUUCCGUCACUGGCGCGGGCGCCGCGUUCGAGUACGACGGCGGCUCGAUUUCGGGGUGGUCGGGUGGGCCCAUCUUUUGCUUCCAGGACGACGGCUCAAUGGGGCUGUUCGGGGCCCACGCGUGGGCGACCGGCGACGUGGCGCGGAGCGGACACAAGCUGUCGGCUGACGUGCGGAAGUGGAUCCGCGACUCGCUCGACGCCCCGAAAUGGCGCCAGGGCGCCGUCACCUCGGCGACGCCGCCGGUCGAGGACGCGCCGGCGCCGGGCAAGGCCGGCAGACGGGUCACCGAGGCGGUGAAGGGCGCGGCGCCCGGGGCGGCCGGGCCGGACAACGGAGGCGGGUCCGGCCGUCCGCCCGGGGCGCAGGAGGCGGCGGCCGCUGCGGGCCCGGGCGGUGAUGGGGGCGCCAUCCUGAAGGCGUCGCCUGGCCCGCAGCGCGUGCCCAGCCAACACCCGAAGGUGUGGUUCCAAGAUUCUGCUGACGGUCCGGUCGCUGUGGGCAGCCGGGUGCCUCGCCUUCGCGGGCAUCCUGUUGUCCACGGCUCUCCCGCCGGUCCGUUGGAGCUUUGGCAGCCGUGCCCAGAGGCGCAGCCUGCUGUGCAGCCCGAGGCCGUCGUUCGUUACGUGCACGACUUGAUCCGUCUCGGUCCCCCUGGAAAGGAGGCUUGGAUCGAGUUGCGCAAACGGCGGCGCUUGCUGCAGCAGCACAGCCGGAAAUGCGUGCCGAUUCUCCCGCCGCCGACUGAGCCGGCCACAAUGGCCUCGCCUGAGGGCGCGCUCGACAAUGCCGAUCCCGUUGUUUUCGGACGCGAUGGCGUGACGCGGCCUCGGAAGGCUCAGCUCGCCGCGCGGAAUGUUCAUCCCGUGCCGCGCGCCAAUCUCGAGGCCCCGCCGCCGGAGCUGCUGCGCAUCUCGGCCGUCCGCGAGCCGGGGUGGCCUUGCGUGCGAAGCGGGUUCGUCAAAGAGCAGGGAGAGCGGGAGCGCCAGGGCGACCUCGGUGCCAUCGAGCAGGCGUGCGCAGAGCUCGCGGACUCGCCGUUCUCGCGCGAGGUCGCGAUCCUCUUUCAUCAGCGCCGUCCUUGGGCGGUCCUCCGCCGACCGAACGCUCGCGACGGUCGUGUGCGCCGCGUGAUGGUCCGCGAGGACUUCUCGAGGCUCAUCGCCGCGGCCUAUGCGUUGGCGGAGGCGUUCGACCCCUCGGUCGCUGCGUUUCUCUGGAUCGCCUGCGUCUGGCUCUCGUGCACCGGCGGCGAGCGUGCUCGCAAGCGGUUGGCCACGGAGGCACACGUUGCCUGCGUUGUGGGCGCCCCCUGGCGGGGCCUUCAGGCCCGCGCGCUCGUCGCAGUGCAGCGCUGGCUGACCCGCGGUCUCUUUGUUGGCUCGCCGACCUUGACCGAGCCGCCGGUUCGGCUGCAGGAGGAGCGAGCCACGCAGCAGGGCAUCGCGGUCCCAGACGAGGCUGAGGCCUGGCUCCUGGAGGCCGUCGAGGACUCCGUGGCGACCCGCUCGCGUGAUGGGACUCGCUGUGCUCGCUGCGUGCGCCGCGAGCCCGAAGGCGAGUUCCUGGGCCUGUAUUGCAAGAAGUGCGAACGCGCCACAUGCGGUACGCUUGGCUCCGGGGGCGGCACCAUUGCCGACGCUCGCCGGAUGGGAGGGCUUCACAAUGCCAAAGCAUCCGUCAUGGACCAGUUUGGCCUCUCUCGAGACGCGGAUGAUGUGGCUAACGCUGCCGCCGCGCUCGAUUGGGCAACUCGACCUGGAAGUGACCUUCGCGCCCUGGUAGUCAUGACUGCAGUCUUCCCGUCCGGCCAGGCCGGGGCUCGCGAUCAGGAGACCCCAUCGGUUCGCGCCGCGAUGGCAGGUCACGCACUCCGUGCGCUUUUCAGCGCUCUCGUUGAUCCGGACUGGGCGAUGCCUCUUUGGCGUCCAGAUCGCUGUCUCCCCGAGCUCUCAGUUGCCCCCCUCGGCGCUCCCUUCGGGGCGUGCGACGCCAAGAGCGCCGCCGACGGCCAACGUCGCCGCGGAAUUUUGGCCCUUGCCUCUCGGUUGCCGCAUCUGCACCCUGCCGUUCUCGUCGAGGACGAGGGCGACGACGGCGGCGCAAAUGUGAGGCGGCGCGCGGCGGGGCCGGAUCGCGAUCGAGAUCUCAAGCCCGCGGCGCUCGAGUUGCACCUCAACUGCAGCAGCGUGCGCAUGCUGCCGGACCAGUGGGCCCGACGUCGUCGCCGCGGCUCUGGGGCGGCCUCAUUUCGCCAUGCGCAGUGCGAGGCGCCUCUCCCAGCGGAGGAAGUUGCCCAUGUGACUCCGACGCGCGGCGGGGGAGCGCCCCGAUUCUUGGCGACAGGGCCGAACAUUGCGGUGCUGACUGGCCCGACAGGGUGUGGCAAGACGGCUGGCCUGGCAGCGCUCUCUGGUUUGAAAACGAUCAUGCUGUCGACUCGGCUCGCCAACGCGCUCCCUGCCGAGUGCGCGACGGUAUGCCACGGCCUGCCCUCGUCCGUCCUGUUUUACAAGGCGGGCUCGCUCGGUGGGCGGCCGGAUCUUGGCGCCGCGCGCUGUGCGACCACCGUCUCUCGCGUGCUCGGGGACAGGCUUCCUGCCGGCGCGUGCGCUCUCCUUGGCCGCUUUCUCCGCGGUGCGGGCUUCGGCGGGCUCAGGCCCGUCGCGUGGUCCGCCUGCGAUCGCUCGGCCGCGGACAUGGAGCUGCGCCAGCGUGCCGCCCCGUGGCAGGUGACGCAUCGACCGCAUGUCGGGCGGGCCGUGAUCAUCGACGAGGCGCGCGAGCGCACCUGGGCGCGCAUGGUGGCCCUGGCCACGGCCGUGCUCGACGGAGCGCGAAUCGUGCUCCCGAGCGCCGCGCUCCCCGCGCAUGCGGAGAGACCGUCAUUCAACAGCGAGAGCACUGCCGUCGGACGGAAGCCCCCCCCCGACCUCUCUUCCGGCAGGGGUCCGCCGGUGUUCGUGCUCCACGGGCGCGCGUUCAGAUCCGUAGGCGCACUCUACCCAGAGUCGAGCCGCAGUCCGAAGCGCGCGCAACUGUACAUCUACGACCCAACAGAGGUGGCCUGCGCAGUGGUGGGAGAGGGGCCUCUGCCUCCCCGCUACGUCUCUGUGCUUGCACGCCGCGCGGACGGCUCCGACGCAACCCGCGAGACGCUGCACGCGAGCGGGCCGCAGGGCGCCCUGCUGCUGUUCGUCCUGGUGGGGCUCCUGGCCGCCGGGGUGUGCGCGAGCAUCCAGGGCGUGCCAAGGUGGGUGCCCGCGCUGCCCCAGCCAGGCCUCGACGCCUCCCUCGGCGCGGGCGCGGUGGCGCCCGCCAGGAGCGCCCGGCAGCGCUCGGGCAUCUUCUCGACCGCACGGCCAGCGGCCAAGGCGCCGAGAGGGGAGUCGCCGCGUGCAGCCGCAGGCCAGGCGCCGCUGGCGCUCGCGCCCGGAGCGUCCGAGCCGCCGCCGGGGCUCGGGCUGCGGCGCGUCGGCGGGGCUUGCCGCGGCGGGGCGGGGGGCCAGGAGCCGGGGAUGCAUGCUUAUGCCGUUUUUUGUUCCUCUACGAUGGUGGACUCUCUUGAGGGCUGCAAGGACCUCUGCCGCGCGACCCCAGGCUGCGCGGGCGUCGAGUACGGGGAGUGCAGGAGGUGCGAGGUGUGGCUGGACGAGGUCACCGGCUCCGUCGACGCAGAGGGCUUCACCUGCCUGCGCGCGAGCGGGCCGGCGGCCGCGCCGCCUGGUGGGCGGGGGCCUGGGCCCCGCGGGGCUGGAGGCGGUCCGCUCGGCGAGUACGGCUUCCUCACGGACUUCGACGUGGAGCCCUUCGAGGCGAGGGAGCGGGUGCGGCAGCUGGCGCGGCACUUCGGGGUGCGCGAGUUCCAGUUCUACGACGCCAUGUCGAGCUACUCCGGCCCGCCGGCCGAGGCCGAGGGGGAGUGGAGGACCCCGUGCGGCGGGAAGCUGGUCCGGCGGAGCGCGCUGGAGGCAUACGCGGACGAGGUCUCCGCCGUGGGCGGCAGGGCGUGGCUCUACGUGCAGGCCAUGGGCACCGAUCCCGGCGACGCAGAGGCGCAGGCUGGAUUCCAGACGGAGGGCACGCACUACUGCGGAGACGACCCCCUCCUGGACAAGGUCUUCCCGUCCCCGGGGUGGGCCGAGCGCGUGGCCGAGAGGUGGGCUGAGUUUGCCGCCUCGAUGGGCUUCGGGGGCAUCCACUGGGACACCCUGGGCGAGGGCGGCGACCUGCCGGGAUUCCUGAGGGCCGCGCGGCCGCUGCUGCACGACAGGGGCCUCGCGCAGAGCUGCAACUUCGUGGGCGGCAAGGCGUGGAACGACUCGCUGGCCCUGGACGGGGUCGUAGCCUUUCCGUACUGGGAGGUCUGGACCGUGCCCGACACCCUCAACAGGUUCAUCGAGAGCUCCGCCCGAUGGAACGGGGGAGUCUUGGCAUGCUACCCAGGCCAGUCUGCAGACCACGCCGGCGAGAUGAACAACAAGCUGUUUCCCGGCGUGGAUCCCCUGGACCUCUUGAUCGGGAGGUGGAUCCUGGCCAGGAACCACUCCAUGACCUACCUGGCCAUCGGCGACGGCCUGCGCCGCGCGGGGAUGGAGUUCCUCCCGACCGCCCUCGCCCUCGAGAGCUGGGAGGUCGACAAGAUCCAGAGGGCCGUCUUUUCUCCCGGGGAGGUGGAGAGGUUUGGCGCUGCGGCCAGCGCCGUGGAGUCUGCGUUCUCAGGCCCGGCGGCGGGCGCGGCCGAGGGCGCCGCAGAGCCGGGCCAGGUGGCGCCGGGCCCGCUCCGCAAGCUUGCGCGGCAGGUACCGUCGGAACAGGCGGCGUUAGCAUUGCUGGGCUGACCGGGCUCUCAGGCUCCAGGGUGAUCAAGGUUCGACGUUGGUGGAUAGGGCUGGGGGAGGUCGGAAGUGAGUCGUCUCGGAGGGGCAGCUUGCCCACCCCUGCCUUGCGAAGCAAGUGGGGCCGGCAAGGCUUGCUUGUCAGGCGUUCUUUUUUGUUCACUUUGUGCUUGCCAUCGCAGGCCCCGAGCAGUGCAUCAUUGUACUCUGGAUGUGUAGCUCAUGUGGUACCAGCUACAUUUCCCAUCCGCCCCACGAUCUUCAUACACACCAGCGCCAAAAUGCACCGCGGCGCUGGCGACUGGAGGUCGCGGCGCGCCUUUCAGGCGCCGUGCAGCCAGGAUUGUACAGGCGAAGCGAAGCGAACCAGCAACAUCUUGCAUAUGCGCAUAGUUCCAAAUAGAGAGCGCAGCCAAGAACCCCCCCGUGCAAGCGCUGCCUGGGAAGUGUGUGGUCUCGCCUGCACAAUCGGCAGGCAGAUCCAAGACUGCAGUCCAUCUGCUCGCGCGGCUGGUGAAUUCGGACCGUGGGCCAACGUAGUCGCACGGCACGAUGUUCAAAGCGUGGCCCAACCACGGGUUCAUGGGAGCUGCACGUCCGCUUCGCAUGUCCUCAAGGGUCAGCGGCAGCAUCGGACGCAGACUCUGAGAGCUAUCCGCGCUCCGUCCUCGGAGACCGCGGUCGGCAUGAUACGCGAGCAGGAGUUGCGCCAGUUCUUCCCAAAUCUCAGGGCUCUGCAUGUUCUCCUUUGGCGCCCUGGCUCCUCGCAGCGUGCUUCCCUCCGAGGCUUCGCUUCCCAAUUCUGAUCACCUCCACCCUGGUCUCGUUUCC